CUUGUACUAUUAUUAGCAUAUUAUGUAUUUGAAAUGUAUAUAAAUGUGUACAUCUGAUCCUGUAAUAAAAAUAAUCUUUUCUUUACAUUGCAGACCAUGUUAAUGAAAGGUAAAACAUAGCAACCCUGGCUGGUAAAUUGCCCAGUCUUAUGUGUCAUCCAGUAUCACCUCCCAUUUAAUUUUCUAUAAAAGCCAUUACCUAGCAGUGAUCACAGUGAUAAGGCAACUUGUUAUCCAUUCCUUCCUUACUGAAAUAAGCACGGCCACAUGGACCAGCUUGGGAGAUUCAUUCAAUCAGAUGCUAAAGGAAUAUUGGAAAAGAUACGGUUGUGUUUAAUAAAGAAGCUGAUGCCACAUUUCGAAGACAGAAGGAAGUAUCAUGACGAGUUUGCCUCAUCCACUUCUUUUCAUGGCCUGCAAAAUAUUGUUAAAACACGGAGCAAGACUCGCAAAGUGCUCUGGCUGCUUGUACUUGCAGGCUGUCUUGCUGUUGUUAUUUGGCAAAUCUGCAGUCGCUUCAUCUACUACUUCAGCUGGCCAACCACAACUACAAUGGUGGUUCAGUAUGUGGAAGAAAUCCAAUUUCCUGCUGUGACAUUUUGCAACUUAAACAGGUUUCAAGCUCAUGCAGUAAGCAACCUCAAAAUAAUUUUUUUGAUUUGGAACAUUGUGUCUGCAAUUCUCCAAAAAUUUGUUAUGGAAGAUAAAUAUUCUCAAGAGUUAAAUGAUUUCUUUGCUGGGCACCAGAACUUCAGCAUCAAAGAGUUUACAAGAAAAAAUGGGUUUUAUCUGAACAGCAGCACAUUGCUAGAAUGUGAUUUUUUUGGAAAGCCAUGUUACCCCCAGGAUUUUGAACAUGUUUUCACUGAAUAUGGAAACUGCUUUACUUUUAAUCACAAUGAUCUUUCAGCAAGAAGAGUGAGUUUGUCUGGAAGAGGCUUACAUUUGCUUUUUGAUGUCCAACAGGACCAAUUCACUGAUGAACCUGCUCUUGGUUAUACUGAUGCUGGAAUAACUUUUGUUAUCCACUCACCCCAAGAGCUUCCACGCUUUGAUGGUUUAGGUUUAUUAACACCAGUCGGCUCACACGCACAGGUCGCAAUUCACCAACUGAAGUCAAUUAUCCAAGAAUACCCAUGGGGAGAGUGCAAGCCUGAUAUAAAGCUGCAGUACCACAAGAUUUAUAGUACUAAUGGAUGUUUGCUGGAAUGCAAAGCCCGGUACAUACAGGACUGGUGUGGCUGUUUGCCAUUCAUUCUUCCAGGAAAUGGAACAGAAUGUGACUUGCUGAAGUUUUACAAAUGUGUUUAUCCAGCAGUCUAUGAUAUAGAGAUUAAAGGAUUAUGUACAGUAGGAACACACAAUUCCACUUGCCCUGCCCCAUGUGAAGAAACGGAUUAUCCCACCACUGUCACCUAUUCAAGUUUUGGAGGAGAAAAAGCCAUAAAAUAUUUUUCUGAAAAACUGAAGAAAAGCCCAGAAUACAUCAGGCAAAAUCUUGUGCGUAUUGAGAUUAAAUAUCAUGAUCUGAGCUACAAAAUAACACAGCAGCAGAAGGCCUUGACUAUAUCUGAGUUGCUUGCUGAUGUAGGUGGCCAGCUUGGAUUGUUUUGUGGUGCCAGUAUGAUUACAAUCAUAGAACUGCUCGAGUAUAUUUUUACUAACUUCUGUUGGAUGUGCAUCUUUCUUCUAUUGAAGGCUCCUGAAAUGCCUCAGUGGAACAAUCCAUCCCAGAAUCAACCAACACAUAAGGAAAAAAAGAGGGGAAUACAAGAAUGUUAG